AUGGCAAAGAGCUCUAAACUCACGGCCUUGCUGAUUGCAGACGCUCAUCAUCAGACGUUACAUGGCGGACCGCAGUUAACAUUGAAUUACUUACAGAACAAGUACUACAUUAUUGGAGCUAAGCAAUUAGUUAAAACCCAUGUGAGAAAAUGUGUUGAUUGCGUGAAGAAUAAAGGUCAGACUUACCAACAAUUGAUGGGACAGCUACCGGCAGUGAGGGUCACACCAGCUCGUCCUUUUUUACGAAGUGGAGUAGACUUUGCAGGUCCGAUCCAAAUCCGCACUACAAGGGGUCGAGGUUAUAAGUCCUAUAAAGGAUACAUAUGUUUGUUCGUAUGUAUGGCGACCAAAGCCGUACAUGUGGAGGCGGUCAGCGAACUUACAUCACAUGGCUUUCUUCAAGCUUUUAAAAGAUUCGUCGCCCGUAGAGGUCCUUGCUCAGAUAUUUGGAGUGACAAUGGCACGAACUUUGUGGGAGCAGCAGCAGAAAUACAAAAGCUCUUCUCCAAUGAGAAAGACAGUAUCCUUCCAGAAAUAGCUGAACAAUUGGCCAAUAACAAUACAACCUGGCAUUUUAUCCCACCUCACGCGCCCAACUUCGGUGGACUAUGGGAGGCUGGAAUUAAAUCCGUUAAGUUCCGCCUCAAACGAGUCAUUGGCAAUUAUUCUACCUUGACAUACGAAGAAAUGUCGACGGUGUUAGUACAGGUCGAAGCUUGCCUAAAUUCGAGGCCUUUAUCUAAGCUGGACGGAGAUCAGGAAAAUGAAGUGUUAACUCCAGGACAUUUUCUUGUAGGUGAACCUCUAGUCACAGCACCAGAUCGAAAUUACGAGAACUCAAAUAUAGGCUCACUUAGACGAUGGCAGUACACUCAACGUAUGACUCAAGAAUUCUGGCGUAAGUGGUCUAAAGAAUAUUUGAACCAAUUCUUCCACAGAUAUAAAUGGGCCACACAAGCCCCACAACCUAAAGUAGGAGACAUAGUGUUGAUUAAAGAGGAUGGUCUUCCGCCAUGCAGAUGGUUUUAUGGUAAAAUUGUGGAUGAACAUCCAGGUCAAGAUGGAAUUACGAGGGUGGUCACAGUAAAGAGCAAAAACUCUUUGAUAAAACGCCCUACAAAUAAAAUAUGUGUAUUACCUGUGAUGUCGUAUUUCCAGAACCCACGUUUGGCUCGCAUUAUGGAAGCUGUGGACGCUGAAAAAGAUUCCUCAUGUUUCGAAGAACCCAAGCAAACAUCUAUGGACGAACUUAAUAUAAUUUUAACUAUAAUUUUACACAAGAUGCAAAUCCGAUACGUCAUUCCGAUCCGCGGCUUGCGCCAGUAA